AAGUUUAAAGAAAAGGGUUAUCUUGUUGAUGCUUACUUGUCUGAUAUCUCUGAUUUGAAACUUUAUUGGUAUAUUGAUCUUGAAGAAUCUACAGAUAUGAAAUUAGGCCUGGUACUGGCCU